AUGGAAUACUCAUUGGAUAUCCACCCACCAGAACCUGGGAUAUUCAUUGAUAUCCACCCACCAGAAUAUGGGAUAUUCAUUGAUAUCUGCACACCAGAACAUGGGAUAUUCAUUGAUAUCCACCCACCAGAACAUGGGAUAUUCAUUGAUAUCUGCACACCAGAACAUGGGAUAUUCAUUGGUAUCCACCCACCAGAACAUGGGAUAUUCAUUGAUAUCCACCCACCAGAACAUGGGAUAUUCACUGAUAUUCACCCAUUAGAACAUGGGCUAUUCAUUGAUAUCCACCCACCAGAACAUGGGAUAUUCAUUGAUAUCUGCACACCAGAAAAAGGGAUAUUUAUUGAUAUCUACACACCAGAACAUGGGAUAUUCAUUGAUAUCCACCCACCAGAACAUGGGAUAUUCAUUGAUAUCCACCCACCAGAACACAGGAUAUUCAUUGAUAUCCACCCAUCAGAACAUGGGAUAUUCAUUGAUGUCCACCCACCAGAACAUGGAAUAUUCAUUGAUAUCCGCCCACCAGAACAUGGAAUAUUCAUUAAUAUCCACCCACCAGAACAUGGGAUAUUAAUUGAUAUCUGCCCUCCACAACAUAGAAUAUUCAUUGAUAUCUGCACACCAGAACAUUGA